AUGGCUACGCGACCAGCUCUCUUCACGAGGGGCCUCUCCGGACUUGCUCAGAGCACCGACCCCGAUGGUGUCUCCUCGCCGGCCGAGAAGCGCGAUGAUGCGAAGCGCAACUUUCUCAAGACCAUGAGGCCUCUGCCCACACAGCACUAUUGGAAUGUUUACUUUGAUAGACAAAACAAGGAGCGAAAAGAUGACCAAGAGUAUCAAGCCGAAUUCGAGCAACUUGGCAGCCAAAUCGAGUCCGUCCAGGACUUUUGGCGGUACAACAAUAAUACACCUGUUGACCAGAUCAAGAUGCGCGAGUCCAUCUACCUCUUCAAGCAAGGCUUCCGCCCCAUUUGGGAAGAUCGUCGCAACAUCAACGGCGGCUCAUGGACCUUCCGCGUCCCCAAAAAUGCCGGUCCUGACGUAUGGACUCGUGUGCAGCUCCUCGCCAUUGGCGAGAAGUUUGAGAGCGCCCUUGAUACCGAUGACCAGCUCUGCGGAGUCGGACUCAGUGUCCGCUUCAACUCCCACAACAUCACCGUUUGGCACCGCGACUCCUCUAAGCAGAAAUCCAUCGACGGCAUCCUCGCCUGUGUCCUUGAAGAGCUCCCCCUGAGCUUCGCCCUAAGCCUGACAACUACUUCUACAAGAAACAUGCUGACCAUGCAGGUUUCAAGGCUCCACCGGAGCUCCAGGCCGUCCUUGAUUCCCAAAAGAGGAACGCCGAGAGGGAGGCUGCUGCUGCUGCCGCCAAGAAAAGAGGAAGAGGACGAUAGCUAG